GUGUUUGACCUUCAUUGCUGAAGACUUAGAAAGGGAGAAGUGGAAGAGGAGAAAAAAAAAGAAAAAAUGGAAGAUCGAUAUUCCUAUUGAAGUAGAACGUCUCUGUUAUCUCGCUCUCGGUGCUCGCCUCGCGUUAUCUCUCUCGCUAAGAACCUCGGCGGAGAUUUCGAUUUUUAUUUUGCUUAGCUGGGCGAAGCGUUAUUUAUUUGGGAUAAGUCUUGGAUUUUCCGGCGACAAUCGCUUGUUCUUUUGCUAAGAUUUGGGUUGGUGCUGCUGUGAUUAAUCUCAAACGGAGGUGAUUUGGACAGAAUUAGGGUUUUCUACGUCUGACUUGAGGAGGGGAAGGUAUGAAUAAUAGCGCGGAGACGGUGAAUGCGGCGGCGGCGGCGAUCGUCACUGCUGAGAGACGAGUCCAGCAGGUCACCGUUCCGAGGAGAAGAUGGGGAGCUUGUUUCAGUUUGUACUGGUGCUUUGGUUCUCAAAGACAUGGUAAGCGUGUCAGCCAUGCAGUCCUUGUUCCUCAACAGACACUACCAAGAUCAGAUGCUCCAGCCCGUGAAAACCCCAUCCACCCUCCAGCAUUUGUUGCACCUCCUUCCUCCCCAGCUUCCUUCCUCCCAUCAGAACCCCCGUCUGCCACCCAGUCGCCUGCAGGUCCUCGAUUCUUAGCAAAUUCCUACUCCCCCAGUGGCCCUGUGUCCAUCUUUGCCAUUGGGCCUUAUGCACAUGAGACUCAACUAGUCUCGCCUCCCGUCUUCUCCACCUUCACAACCGAACCAUCCACUGCUUCAUUUACCCCCCCUCCAGAACCUGUGCAUCUAACAAACCCUUCGUCUCCUGAGGUUCCAUUUGCACGACUUUUAACGUCUUCCCUGAAUUCCAAUUGCAAACAGAGCGAAGCCUCCGCAUUUCAGUCAUACCAGUUUUACCCGGGAAGCCCGAUUGGGCACCUCAUAUCCCCACGUUCAGCAUGUUCGGGCGCUUCAUCCCCUUUCCCUGAUGUCGAAUUCCAUUCCUCUGCUGGUGGCUCCUUCCCAUCUUUUCCAGUUAGUGAGCCACCAAAGAUCUUGAGUGCUGAAGGAAUUGCUGUGCGCAAGCUGAUUCCUCGACAUGCUCGGAAUGGUGGUUCCCUUUUGGAUGGUCAGAUCACUGCAGCUGCACCUAGGAUGGAUUCUGCUAUGGGGUCUCAUAAUAAUGAGCAUGCAAUGGAUCACAGAGGAUCAUCUGAAUUGACUGAAGAAGAGUUUGCACGCUGUUUGGGAAAGAAAACAGCAACGUCAGGGGAAACUAACUCAGGAUCUUCGCAAGUUGCAACAGCUGCGGUAGACCAGAUUACUGCUGAAGCCAAUAAGAGCAAUGCAAUCUGUGUUGAUGAAACUUACCAUGACUUGCCUGAGAUAGCGCAACCCUCCACUGCCCUUUCAGCAGUUAAAGAGUUCAAAUUUGAUAAUGCGGAUGGAGCACCUCUAGAACCUAGCGUUGGCUCUGAUUGGUGGGCAAAUGAGAAGGUUGCUGGGACAGCAAGUGAGCCUCACAAGAAUUGGGCAUAUUUCCCUAUGAUACAGCCUGGGGUCAGCUGAUCGCCAAUCCUAGAUGUAUCCUAUGUGCAGAAAAGAGGAGCCUUUGUUGCCGGCUCCAGGUUCAUGACCCCCAUUUGGCAGUGUUGCUGGGAACAGGAGGCGCUGGGCAUCUGCAAGCUAAACUUGUAGAUAUCUUUCAGUGGAUGGUAAUGGUGAGAUGGACUACUUCGCUAGCUGCAACUCAGGUCCUCUCCAUCACAGGAAAAAAUAAACAGAAGAUUUUGAUGUCUCAUAUGAAAUAUGUAAUGUGGUGUAAUAGUCUUUCUGUUUUCAUACCACAGAGUACACAUAUCUACAAUUACGGUCAUGUAACUAUCAUAUUGCAGCAUUAUCAGCUUGUCAUUAUUUAGCUUUUGGAACUUGGUUA